AUGAGCUACUACAACGACGGAGGCGGUCACGGCGGCGCGGGGGAGGGCGUUAGCGGCGGCGGCGGCGGCGGCUGGGGAGGCGGCGGCGGCGGCGGCGGCGGCUGGGGAGGUGGAGGCGGCGGGGGCCGCGGGGGAGGAGGCGGCUACAACAGGCGGCCAGGAGACUGGGAGUGCCCCAACUGCGGCAACAACUGCUUCGCGUCUCGCGUGGAAUGCAACCGUUGCCAGACGCCCAAGCCCGUCGGCGCCGGUGGUGGCGGCUACGGCGAACGCGGCGCCGGGGGGGGCUACCAGGGCGGCGGCGGCGGCGGCUACCAGGGCGGCGGUGGUGGCGGCUACGGCGGAGGAGGCGGCUACGGCGGUGGAGGCGGAGGAGGGGGCUACAACCGCAGGCCCGGGGACUGGCCCGAGGGCGCAGGGGGCGGAUUCGAGCGCGGGGGCGGAGGUGGAGGGUACCAGGGCAGCGGUGGCUUCGGUGGCGGCGGCGGCUACGGGGGGGGUGGCGGCGGGGGCUACAACAAGCGCCCCGGCGACUGUAUGAUACUUCCAGCAUGUGACGACAUCAUGUGCGUGGCGUUGGUAAGCAUGCUGCACCAGACAGUGCAUCGGAUGAAAUCGUAA